AUGGAGAGUUGUCAAGGUCGAGAAAUCUUGAAAAAUGAACCUGGUGACUUUCCACUAAAAUUGAAUAAAUGGUUGCCACAAUCUGACAAGGACUGGAAUGUUUGUUGGCGUGCCUCAAGAGAUGGAUGGGGAGGUUCAACAUUUCAUUCUCAAUGCGAUGGGAAAGCACCGACAUUGACGAUUGUUAAAGUUGUCAAAGAUAACAAGACUUUUAUAUUUGGUGGAUAUGCCACAGUUUCGUGGACUGAUCCUGGUACGGAGAACGACUACCAUAAAUCUGAUCCAAGUUCCUUUUUGUUUUCUCUUCGAAAUAAUGACGACCUCCCUCCAUUCAAGUCUUUAUAUGUGAAUGCUGGGUAUGGAAUUUACCGAUAUAAUGGAUUCGGGCCAACAUUUGGUGGCGGCCAUGAUCUCUAUAUUUCAAACAACGCAGGAAGCACCGCUUCUUCCUACUCCAAGCUUGGCCACACUUACCAAACUCCACCUGGUUACACAUUCAACCAACCGAACACGAGAUCCCUCCUUGCAGGAAGCUAUUAUUUUACUCCAUCUGAGGUUGAAGUCCUGUAUUGA